AUGGAAAUAAUCAAGGUUCGCUGUCAGGGUACAGGGUAUAACGCGCUUCGAUUUGAGCCUGGAAAGGACAAUUUAUUUUCCAUGCGUGAUGAUGACGCCCACAUGAAACUGCGGAGUAAGAUGGCUGCUGGUUACUCGGGGAAGGAGAACGAGUCCAUGGAACGCACCAUUGACGAGCACAUCGCGAAACUGGUCGACUUGAUUGACAUCAAAUAUCUCUCCACGAGUCGGGACUUCAGACCAGUGGACUUUGCCCAGAAGAUUCAAUACUUUACCUUGGACGUGGUCAGCGAUUUAGCUUUUGGCCAGCCUUUCGGCUACAUCGAGCAAGACCGUGAUGUCUUUGACUUUAUCAAAAUUACGAAGUCCUUCUUCCCUGUUACUCUGGUCAUGGCCAACAUACCAUCCCUGGUUGCCUUGCUUCACUCGCGUCUUUUCCGAGGCAUGCUGCCGAAGGAAAGUGAUAAGUUUGGCUUUGGAGCAUUCAUUGGGGUGGCAAAUAGCAAAGUAGCUGAGCGGUUUGUUCCUGAUUCGACGUCACAGCCGGACAUGUUGGGGUCUUUCAUCCGUCAUGGGCUGGACCAAGCAGAGGCAUCUCGAGAGUCACUACUGAACGUAGUUGCCGGAAGCGACACCACCGCAACCACCAUUCGCGUCAUGAUGUUAAACCUGCUCAGCAAUCCCGUAGCUUACAGAAAACUGCAGAAAGAGAUUGAUGACGGCAUCAGGUCGGGUAACAUUUCUUCUCCCAUUACGGAUGCCGAGGCACGCAAAUUACCCUACCUACAAGCCGCCAUCAAGGAAGGCCUCCGAAUCAAGGCCCCAGCAGCCGGUCCGCUAUUCAAGGUGGUCCCUCCAGAAGGCGACGUUAUCGAUGGAAAGUUCAUACCCGGAGGAACACAGAUCGGCACCUCUCCUUUUGGCAUCUACCAGUCCAAGACAACGUUCGGCGAAGAUGCGAGUUUGUUCCGCCCGGAACGUUGGCUAGAGGCAGACGCGGUAACAACUGCAGAAAUGGCCAGCGUGGUCGAUCUUGUCUUUUCCGUUGGUAAAUACCAAUGUUUGGGAAAGCCAGUCGCAUUUAUGGAACUGAACAAGAUAUUUGUCGAGCUUAUGAGGCGUUUCGAUUUCACAAUGACUCGCCCAGAGAGGCCAAUGCAUAUUGUCAAUGCUGGCAUCUGGCUUAUCGAAAACUUUCCAUUACGGUCUACGUCGUCAAUGAAGCCACAGCAAGUUCUAAGGUACCGACGCCCAUUCGUGAACACAUUCUCGCGCAUCUCAAGCACCACCUGUGCCAACAGAGCACUACAGACGCCUGUCCUAACCCCACACUGUCCUCCUCACAGAGCUGCCCAGACCGCCGCGGCACACAUCUUUGGCCUGCAGUUCCUCCACACGAUGGCCUCGCAACAGUACGACGUCCUUAUCGUCGGUGGCGGCCCGGCAGGACUCUCGGCGGCAGCAGGACUCGCACGCCAGCUCCACACGGCGCUGGUUAUCGACUCGGGGGUCUACCGCAACGCCCGCGCCAAGCACAUGCACAACGUCAUGGGCUACGACCACGCCGACCCGGCGACGCUGCGCGCCAAAGCCAGAGCCGACCUCGAGGCGCGGUACCCGAGCAUCAGCUUCCGGAACGCGACCGUAGCCAGGGCGCAGAAGCUCGAGGACGGCAGCUUUGCGCUUACUGCGGAGGACGGGGCCGAGUUCCGGGGCAAGAAGCUGAUCGUUGCGGCGGGUAUCACGGACCUGCCGCUGGAUGUCGAGGGAUAUAGCGAGUGCUGGGGGUAUGGCAUCUUCCACUGCCUGUUCUGCCACGGAUAUGAAGAAGCUGGCCAGGAGACCGUCGGGGUUCUGGCAGUAGGCAUGCUGUCCAAUCCCCAAAUUGCCAUGCACAUCAUUCCCAUGGCGGGCCGGCUGAGCAAGAACAUCAAAAUAUACACCAAUGGCAACGAAGAAACGGCUGAAGCCCUUCGUGAACAACUCAAAGCCACCAAUCUGCCGGCCACAGUGGAAAGUAGGAAGAUUGCUAGGAUGAGUCUGGUAUCGCCCGGAUCUUCUACGAGUAUUGCCCUGACUCUAGAAGGAGGCGAGCAGAGAAGAGAAGGGUUUUUGGUUUCUGUCCCUAAUGCUCAACUAAACGGCCCAUUCGUCAAGGAUCUGUCACUUGAACUGGGCCCGGCGGGCGAGAUAGCACUCAAAACUACGGGGGAGACCAGCGUUCCCGGUUGCUUUGCGGCCGGUGACAUUGCUGUGGCUAUGCGUGCGGUGCCUAUCGCAUUAUCUACUGGAAUGUGUGCAGGUGCUGGGGCAGCAGCAUCUGUGCAACAUGAUGCUGCUUACAAGUUAUAA